AUGUCGUUUUGUGCGCAAUUCUCAUCUUCCUCCUCCGUUCGUUCCCCUUUUUCUUUCUUUCGCGUCUGCAUAUCCUCCUCUCCAACAAAGUCCACCUGCCACCGCCUCAUCCCGAAGCUCGCCUGCCUCGCCGACCGUCUCCUGGUCGGAGCUCGCCCGGAGCUCGCCCGCAUCCCCGCAAGAUAUGUGUUGUCGUUUUCCGGCAGGAUCCUCGAGCGGUGGCGCCGAAGUUCCGUUGGCACAACCAAAUCGAGCAACCUACAAAAAUCCUCCUGUGUUUUCAGUCAUGACCCGGAGAUUGAAGAACCAGCUCCAUCGGGUUUUGUUGCUGACAGCAUCUUGAUGGGUUUUGAUCUGAACAAUGCUGCACCAGAAACAAAUUCUGCACCAAAAAUCAGUGCUGCUGGAAAAUUUGUACCAGGAUCUCAAAGUGCGGCAACUGGUUCUGCUACAAGUGUAGCUCAGGAAUAUGAAAAAGAGAUAUUGUCCAGCCUAUGGUGCCAUAUGUUGGCCUAACUUUUGAUGAUAUUGAAGAAGCAAGAGAAGUGUACAAUAAUUAUGCAUACAAACUAGGUUUUGGUACACACAUUGGCAAUACAAAGGACAGCACAGCGCGACAAGCGCCAAAAGGUACAAUUCCGAGCACAGUGUUUGAAUGUGUUCAUGCUGGCAAACCUUCUGAUGGAAGAGCUAAAACUACUAGAAGCAAGUUAGAAGGUUCUGUGUAGCAAUGGAUAUGAGCAGCUUCAGUGCACAUAAAUUAAAAGGGGAAGCCAGCAACGGAGCAGAUGGAUGUAAAAGACACAAGGCAGCGAAACAUAGUGCUGCGACAUGACUGCAAGGCACACAUGGUAGUUGGGAUGCGUGGAGGAUUUGGGACAGUCACGGUUUUCCAUGCAGAGCACACACCCCAUGGUGUCAACGGUUGGGAGAAGAUGGUUCUACCGAUCACACAGGAAGGUCCCAUAAGAAGAUUUCUAGUUGCUGCAAACACUUCACAACCAAAACAUUCCUACAUCAAAAAUAAUGGGAGCCCUAGCAGAUGUAUGUGGUGGUGAUGUGAGAGGGCUGCCAUAUGUCAACAGGGAUGUAUCAAACAUCCGCACAAUGCUACGAGAAGCUGUGAUGCUGCGAGAUGUUAGCCUGACAGUUGAGUACUUUGAGAGUUGAGUACUUUGAGAGUUGUACUGCGAAAUGGUCAUUCAGGAAAGCAUGUCGCGAGCAACUCGCUGGCAUUGCCUCCACGGGCAACGCAUACAGUGCUAGCACUACCAGUAAACGUGCUCCCACUGUCUCA